AGAAAAACAGAGGAGGGGGAUAGAUUCAUAAAACUAAAAAUAGGGAUAAUCGAGAUUUGAGAUUCCACAGCCAAAAUUUUUCAGAAAUGGAUCAGAUUUUGAACAAGGUGGGCUCCUAUUGGCUGGGCCAGAAGGCCAACAAGGAGAUCGAUUCCGUCGGCGAUGACCUCAACUCAUUAUCCACCAGUAUUGAAGGAGGAGCCAAAUGGUUGGUUAAUAAAAUCAAAGGAAAAAUGCAAAAGCCGUUGCCUGAGCUGUUAAAAGAGUAUAACCUGCCGAUAGGAAUCUUCCCUCGUGAUGCGACAAACUAUGAAUUCAAUGAAGAGACUGGGAAGCUCACUGUUUUUAUUCCAGCUAUAUGUGAAGUGGGAUAUAAGGACUCAUCUGUUCUGCGCUUCUUCACCACCGUGACCGGGUAUCUGGAGAAAGGAAAACUGGCUGAUAUAGAGGGAAUGAAGACGAAGGUGAUUGUAUGGGUAAAAGUAACCAGCGUCAUAUGUGAAGGAUCAAAGCUCCGUGUCACAGCUGGAAUGAAGAAAAGCCGGAGUAGAGAGGCGUACGAGGUUUCGAGGGAUGGAGUAAGUGUAGAUAAGUUUUGAAG